AUGGCCUCAGAAAAGAUGGAGCACGAGACCAAAGCCCAGGGGGUCAUCGAGGCCGCCCAGGACCCCAACAGCUCCAUCAGCGCCGAGCAGGCAGAGCAGGCAGUCAUGAAGCAAGCACGGCAAGCAGGCGCCGCAGCCUUCGAGUUCGAUCCGGACGCGACACCCGAACAGAAGGCUGCACAGGCAAAAGCGGUAAGACGAAAGCCCAAUGGCACAAACGUGGCAUCGAACAUGUGAAACUGAUUUCAUGCCCAGAAUGCCGGUCCACGAUUACAAAGAAAGCACAAGACUGCAGCGCUUGUCAGCGAUGCCGACGACGGCGAGGCCGCCGGCUAUGAUCUCCCACCCCCGAGCAAAGAGGGUGCCAUCGCUGCUCCCCCGUCUCCCACGUCCGCCCAAGCGAACGGCCAUGUAGGAAGAGACGGAGAGGAGGAAUUCGCCAAAGUAGGCUGGGCGCCGAGAUUCGGAAACCCGGCAGACAACGAGGAGGUCAUAUAUCAGGAUCACCAGACAUUUCUCGAGGGCAAGAUCGAUGACAAGUUCUUCGGAGAUUGGUAUCACAAUGCAGCCGUCAUUGUCUUUGCAUGUCUCUCCUCUUGGGUGGUUGCGGUGUUGGGAGGUGGGCUGGCCUGGGUCUUCCUGAUCAUGGCGGCCUGCGGUACAUACUACCGGACAUCGAUACGGAGGGUACGGAGGAACUUUCGAGACGACAUUACCCGUCAGCUCGCGAUGCGCAAGCUGGAGACAGACACGGAAUCGCUCGAAUGGAUCAACAGCUUCAUGGUCAAGUUCUGGCCCAUCUACGCACCGGUACUGUGCUCGACCAUCGUAGCCUCUGUGGAUCAAGUACUGAGCACGUCGACGCCCGCCUUCCUGGACAGCAUGAGGAUGAAGUCUUUCACGCUCGGCACUAAACCGCCACGGAUGGAGCACGUCAAGACAUAUCCCAGAGCCGAGGACGAUUUUGUCAUUAUGGACUGGAAGUUCAGCUUCACGCCGAACGAUGUCGCAGACAUGACAGCGAAGCAGGUCAAAAACAGAAUCCAGCCAAAAGUCGUCCUCGAGAUCCGAGUUGGCAAGGCAAUGAUCUCGAAAGGUCUUGAUGUCAUUGUGGAAGAUAUGGCGUGCACGGGUACGAUGCGUGUGAAGAUGAAGCUGCAGCUCCCCUUUCCGCAUAUCGACCGAGUUGAAAUAUCCUUCUUAGGCAAGCCAGAGAUUGACUACGUUUGCAAGCCGCUUGGUGGUGAUACCCUCGGCUUCGACAUGGGCUUUAUCCCCGGCCUGCAGAGUUUCAUCCAGGAACAGAUCCACGCCAACCUCGGGCCUAUGAUGUACGACCCGAAUGUGUUCCCGAUCGAAAUUGCGAAGAUGCUUGCGGGCAGCCCAGUCGACCAGGCUAUCGGAGUCCUGCAAGUGCACUUCCACGGUGCUCAAGGACUCAAGAAUCCCGACAAGUUCUCAGGUACACCUGAUCCCUACGCCACGGUCUCUAUCAACAACCGGGACGUUCUGGGUAAGACGAAGACCGUACACGAAAACGCUAAUCCUCGAUGGACCGAGACUGUCAAUGUCAUCCUCACAAGUUUGCGUGAGCCACUCACAAUCAACCUCUUUGACCACAACGAUUACCGCAAGGACAAAGAGCUUGGUACAGCGACCUUCAACCUCGAGCAACUGGAGAAGGAUGACGAGUGGGAGAACCAGACACUCGAGGUCAUUGCGAAUGGCAGGCCGAGGGGCACCAUUUCCGCCGACAUUCGCUUCUUCCCCGUCCUUGAAGGUCGCAAGCUGGAAGAUGGCACCGUCGAGCCACCUCCAGAGAGCCUGACAGGUAUCGCCAAGUUCACUGUGGAACAAGCGAAGGAUCUUGACGGCACCAAGUCCUUGGUCGGUCAGCUUAACCCAUAUGCUGUUCUGCUUCUCAAUGGCAAGGAAGUGCAGAUCUCUCAGAAAUUGAAGCGCACAAACAAUCCGAUUUGGCCAAAUGCCACUAAGGAAAUGCUAAUUACGGACCGGAAGAAGGCCAAGCUGGGCCUGGUGAUCAAGGACGACCGAGACUUGGCAGCCGAUCCCAUCAUUGCUAGUUACCAGAUCAAGCUCGAUGACCUUCUCGAUUUGACCAAUAAGGGCCAGGAAUGGUACAAUCUGGCAGGCGCGAAGACAGGACGAGCGAAGAUGACGCUACAGUGGAAGCCAGUCGCUCUUCGCGGUGUUACCGGCGGUAAUGGCUACGUGGACCCGAUUGGUGUCAUGCGCUUCCACUUCCAGUCCGGUCGCGACCUGAUGAACCUUGAUACACUCGGCAAGUCAGACCCAUACGCUCGUGUUCUCCUGUCCGGUAUCCAGAAGGGCCGGACUGUCACUUGGAAGAACGAUCUCAGCCCAGACUUUGACGAAAUCUUCUACGUCCCCGUGCACUCUACACGCGAGAAACUGACAGUCGAGGUCAUGGAUGAGGAAAAUGUCGGCAAGGACCGCACAAUGGGACAAUUGGAGAUCGAUGCUGCUGAGUACAUCCGACAAGAUGAGAACGGCGAGUACAUGGUACACGACACCAAGAACAAAGUCAUCUCUGCACCGCUCCGUGUUGGAGCAGGCCAACCAAAGGGCACCAUCAACUUUACUGUCGCUUUCUAUCCGACGCUGCACGUUGUCGACCCCGAGGAAGAGACCCGAGAGAAGGAGAACGAAAAGAUACGAACCAGCGAGGAUACUUCACCAGAGAGCGUGGACACAAAGGAGCCAAACGGGACUGCCACUAGCACUUCAACGACCCCUUCAAAGCCAGACGUGGGGCGCAAUGGUACGGCUGGGACUAUCAGUACCUUGCGCCCGACAGCAGAUGAGAUCAAGAUGCGCAAAGUCCUUGCUCAGAAUGAGGACGACCAAACGGAAGCCGAGGAAGUCCGGAAAAAAGAGCCACCAAAGGUCAAGAUUGGUGUGGACGAUCUCCAACAUUAUGGUAAGAUCUAUAUCUUGCGCAGUUCGUCGAUUACUUGCUAACACGAGACAGAGUCUGGAUUGGUAGUAUUCACGAUUCAUGAGGGUGAACUGGCCCACCCAGGAAAUUACCUGGAGGUUGUCAUGGACGACAUGAAGUUUGCCGCUUACACCAGCGCCAAGACUCGCUCUCGGCAACACAUAUUCAACGAGACUGGUGAUGCUAUGGUGCGCGAGCUGGACUUAUCUCGAAUCACGCUGCGGCUGGUGUCAUAUUCCGACUCUAAGGGCUCCGAGACCCACAGUGUCAAGGCGAAACUCACUGGUAAUACGAUUGACACUCUACGGCGAUGCCUCUACACUCCUACAGUUGUGACGUUGAAAGACGAGCAUGGCCAUGACAGCAAGAUCAAGGUCUCGAUGCGCUACCUCCCCGUGAAGAUGCAACUGGACCCCAGCGAGUCAUUCAACAACCAAGGCAACCUUCGCGUCGAAGUACUCGACGCUGCAGACCUUCCUGCGGCAGAUCGGAACGGCUUCUCAGACCCAUUCUGUCGCUUCGUCCUCAACGGAGAUCAGGUGUACAAGACCAACGUGCAGAAAAAGACCUUGCAUCCUGCGUGGAACGAAUUUUUCGAGGUUCCAGUGCGGAGCAGGACCGCGGCCAAAUUCCAGGUCGAUGUCUAUGACUGGGAUUUCGCAGACAAGGCAGAUUUCUUGGGCUCUGCUGGCAUCAGUCUCGAUGUGCUGGAGCCGUUCCAGACUCAGGAAGUCAUACUGAAUUUGGACGGCAAAAGCGGAUCUAUUCGGCUCAAGAUGCUCUUCAAACCAGACUAUAUCACAAGAUCGAGACAAGGCUCAUCCACUUUCCAUGGGACAUUUGCGGUGCCAGGCAAGAUCAUUGGCGCACCAGUCAAGGGUGUUGGCAAGGUGGGUAGUGCUGUCGGUGGUGGCAUUUUCCGAGGAGCGACGUUCGUUGGUCGUGGGUUCAAGAGAAGGACUGUCAGUGGUCACGAUGUUCCUGACGACGCUAACGCUGAGCUACGAGCUACCAGCAUGGAAUCACCAGAAGAAGGGAGCCGUCCUAGUACAGCUGCCAAUGGGACCACCUCCAUGGAUGGACUCGCAGCUCCACGCACGCCUCACCAACGUCAGAGUAGCUUUGGGCAGUACUCGCAAAGCCCUGCAGUUGCUGGCGAGCAAGGUACUGCCACCAUCUCAGUCCUGAGUGCCUCCGGCUUCGAAGCCGACACUAAGCUUGAGGUCCACAUUCACCAAGAGUCCAAGAGCGGUCACAAGGAGGUCUUCAAGACCAAGGCUAUCAAGACGAAGACUGGUGAAGUCACCUACCCGGAGGAUUCGAAGAAGAUCACUUGCAAUGCAGCCAGCCAGUUCAAGGUCGUCGUGAAGAACGACAAGUCUUUUGGCCGUGAUGAGGAUUUGGGUGAGGCUCCAUUCUUCAUCAACGACCAAUCUUCCGGCGGCGAGCAGCAGAUCCAGGUGGGACAGGGAGUUGUCGUCAUUCGAACUUCGUUCCACCCUGCCGACAAGACUAGCACGCUGUCACCGGAGUCGCCUGCCAGCAGGCACAAUCUAGGAAGACUCGUCAGCCGAAGGGAGCGCAGCGUGACGCCAUCUGGGUAG